GUAUCGAAUUCCCAGAAUCCAACCCAGCAAACAACUCUGAACUCUCUCUCCUCUUCUCGAUUCCCCUUUUUUGUCUCUCUAAUUUUCACUCUCUUUUCUGUUUAUCGUUUCGAAAUCUUGGGUUCUCUCUCAUUCUUGCAAAGCCAGCCAAUACUAGACUAUAUAGUCUCGUGUUCUUCAAAUAUGGAGGUUGAAACCCAUGCUUUAGCUUCUCCUUUCCAUUAUAAAAUGGACAUUUCUACUGAUUUCCUAGUCACCGAUUCUCCUGACCUGCCGCUGGCGGUGGAUUCUCUAAAAAUCGAUGGUCAUCAGUCUAUGGAGUCCGGUGAUCGGGAAUGCAAGGAAUUUGAAAUGCCGGUGUUGACUGAUGAGGGUGGUGUCCUGAAGGAUCCCACCGGAAAUUUGCCAGUGGCGAAAGUGUCAGAAGGCCCAUGCACUGAUAGUGCGGCUGUGAAGCUGCAGAAGGUGUACCGCAGUUAUCGCACCAGGCGCAGGUUAGCCGACUCCGCAGUGGUGGUGGAAGAGCUCUGGUGGCAAGCGAUAGACUUUGCGAGAUUGAACCACAGCACAAUUUCGUUUUUCAAUUUCUUUAAACCAGAAACUGCAGCUUCUAGGUGGAAUCGUGUUACUUUGAAUGCUUCCAAGGUGGGCAAGGGACUAUCGAAAGAUGCUAAAGCGCAAAAAUUGGCUUUUCAGCAUUGGAUUGAAGCUAUUGAUCCAAGGCAUCGUUAUGGGCAUAGCUUGCAUAUAUACUACGAAGAGUGGUGUAAUACAAAUUCUGGUCAACCAUUUUUUUACUGGUUGGACAUAGGAGAUGGUAAAGAACUUGAUCUCAAAGAAUGCCCAAGAUCUAAGCUUCGGCAACAAUGCAUUAAGUAUCUAGGACCUCAAGAGAGAGUACAUUAUGAGUAUAUUGUUGUCGAAGGAAAAAUUACACACAAGCAAACUGGGGAUCUCCUUGAUACAUCCAAGGGAUCAAAAGGAACUAAGUGGAUAUUUGUUAUGAGCACAUCUAAGAGGGUGUAUGCUGGUGAGAAAAAGAAAGGACUUUUCCAUCAUUCAAGCUUCUUGGCAGGGGGUUCUACAUUAGCUGCUGGAAGAUUAAUGGUAGAGAAUGGAAUUCUUAAGUCCAUUUCUCCAUACAGUGGACACUACCGGCCAACAGAAGAUAGCUUUGACAGAUUUUUAUCCCUUCUCCAGGAUAAUGGCGUGAACCUUGAUGAGGUCCAGAUAAACAAGGCCAAUGAAGAUUCUGAUGUCUAUGUUGAUGGCAAAUCCGUUGCAAGUGGGAUGAUGCUUGAAGUUUUAAGCAAGUUAAAGCCUCCUGAACCUGAUAUUGUCAGCGAAGAGAAAGAUUCUGCAACAGAAGUAUCUCAAAUUGGACAAAAUGAAACCAAAGGAGAAUACAAAAGGACUUUAUCUGGUGGUCUUCGAAGCCCAAGAGCUGAAGUACCACAGAAGGCUAUCUUGCAUAGAAUCAAUUCUAAGAAGGCAGCAAAAUCUUACCAACUGGGCCAUCAGCUUUCACUCAAAUGGUCAACAGGAGCUGGACCAAGAAUCGGGUGCGUUGCUGACUACCCGGUAGAACUUAGACAACAAGCUUUAGAAUUUGUUAACCUAUCUCCAAGAAAUCCACCUACGCCGUCUUCCUACAGGCUGAUCGCGGGUCUGGCAUCACCUACAACACAAUCCACAGCAGAUAUCCCUACUGGCGAUGAGAAGUGUUAAAUUUCCUUACAAUGCUUUUUGCCUAGUGGAUGCUCAAUGGAUGUAAGUAGCUAGUAUGUUCUUUGUCACUUCAGCCUUUCUGGAAUGCUAAAUAAGUAGUAACAUCAUCUUGGUUGCA